CAGUGACUUAUCAACGGUGCAGCGAUCGAGUGGACAACCUAUUGUUUCCCUUAAACCUAUAAAAGGAACGCCGUGAAACGCGAAAGCAAAGAAGUCACGACCACAUCUCGCCACGUAUAGCGAUCGUAUAGCCGACAAAAUGGUCAACGCGUCGUUAGCGCUACUUUAUCCCACGAUGCUCACGAUGCUGUCGCAGAGCAAUUACACGAUUUUCCCGACCGAGCAAGGAGCACCGUACUUCGUUCUACUCGAUCAUACACCGCUGUCUACGGAGGAGCUGAACACUUUGGGAACAGACAUCAACACGAUCACUUUCACACUUUUCACACGGUAUAAUCCAAAAAAAGGCCAGGCCCUGAUACUGAACGACGUGAACUCUGUUCGAAAUAGCGAUUGGGACGCGAAGAAAUCAACCAUCAUAGUCACCCACGGUUGGACUUCCUCGGGUUCGUCAGAAUCAUGCACUCUCGUUCGCAAUGCUUUCAUCAAAGUGUGGAACAGCAAUGUCAUCGUGGUCGAUUGGAGUCAAAUAGCGGACAACGUGAUUUAUUCUCGCGUUGUGAAGAGCGUACCAUCUGUCGCCGACCACGUGGCAGCUUUCGUCAAUUUCCUGCGUUCUAAGGCCGGCUUGCAAACCACUAACUUGAAGAUUGUCGGGCACUCCCUCGGUGCACACGUCGCCGGCCUCAGCGCGAGAAAAGUUGGCAAUGUCGCGGAAGUUAUCGCUCUCGACCCAGCCAAGCCAAUGUUCGAAAACAAAGGGCCGGGGGAGAGAGUUGACAAAACGGACGCACGAAACGUUCAAGCUGUUCACACAUGUGCCGGAUUGCUAGGUUUGGAUAUCUCUAUCGGUACCUCCGACUUCUUCGCCAACGAUGGGAGGUAUCAACCAGGAUGCACAAAUGAUAUGUUCGGAUCCUGCGCGCAUGGACGCAGUUACCAAUACUACAGUGAGUCUGUGACGAAUUCUAAAGGUUUCCUAGGUACAACUGACAAUGGUGCAAAGGCAUACAUGGGUGGUCCUACUCUCGAUCCAAGAGCUAAAGGAACCUACCAUUUCAAAACUAGAAGCAGUUCACCCUUCGCCCUUGGGUAAAAUUAUUCUCUACGCGUAGUUUAAUUGUGUGUGAAAUUCUUGUUCACGUUGAGAAAUAAAUAGCACUUGAUUUAUUUAUUACAA